ACAGCGAGCGUGCGCCAACGGGAAGUGAAACAGGCGCGAUCCAAGGUCCGAGGAUGGCGCACUUGCGGCCGAUGCUGCACUCGCCGCUGGCCCGCACCCUCUACGAACGCCUUCUCCGCGACCGAGACCUGGAGCGCCUGGACAAGAGACAAUGGUACAGCAUUGAUGCAGAGCAGCUGGAAGAUGAGUUCCUGCGGUCCCACUUCGUGCAGUGUGAGCUUGAUGCUGAGACGCAGGCCUUUCUCGACCGGAGCACGGAAAAAUCCAACUGGCUUGGCACCCAGAUCCUCCACGCCGUGGCCCGGCUCUUCCUAGGAUGGUUCCUCACAAAGACUACACUUAAUGGGUUCCUGGGGCGUGGCUCAAUGUUUGUCUUCUCAAUGAGCCAGUUCCUGCGGCUUCUGCGCCUAGACGCUGACUCGCCGAAUCUGCCGCUCUUCAGCUCGCUACUGGACGUGGGCGCGGGCGACGGCAACGUGACGGCAGCCAUAGCGCCCCUGUUUGGCCAAGUGGACGUGACCGAGAAGUCGCCGUCCAUGCGACGCGUGCUGGGUCGGCGUGGCUUCCGAGUGUUAGACGCUGCGUCGCUCAGGCCUGCCGAUGGGGACGACGACGGGGACCAGCAGCUGUACGACGUGGUCUGCUGCCUGAACGUGCUGGACCGCUGCGAGACGCCGCUAGCACUGCUGCGCACGCUCAAGGCUCGACUCACAAACCCCGCGGGGAGGCUGGUGCUGGCGCUCGUGCUGCCGCUGUCGCAGUACGUAGAGUCGGGCAAGUGCGGCGCCAAGCCGCUCGAGACUCUGAACGUGCGCGGCUCGACGCUGGAGCAACAGGUCCGCUCGCUUUACAAGGACGUCAUGGUGCCCGCUGGUUUCAUCUUGGAGUCCUGGACCCGGCUUCCCUACCUCUGCGAAGGCGACCUCGAACAGGCCUACUACUGGCUGGAUGACGUGGUCAUGGUGCUCAGAGCUGCCGAUGCACAUGGAGCUGGGCCAUCUUGACGCCCGUUCCGCUGCCUAGAACCAAUAGCUCCGUCAGGAAAGGACAUGUUUAUGCAAUGCAAUACAUGGCGCACUACGGCCUUACUCUUGCAGCAGCUGUUCUUGAGAAGCGAAGUGCGCAUGCAUGUGGCACCGGGAGGGCACACCAGUGGCUCUUUCUUUCUUUUUUGUUCUUGUGCUGAUAGUUCCGCAGCUGAAGCCUUCAGCGUAGCGCAAUUUGAAGGUUAUCGGGCCAGCGUGAGCCGAUGACUGGCCUCUUACAGCAUCAUGGGAAUCAAAUUGAUGAUUUCCCUUUCUCCAUUCACUGUUACAUUUGUCUCUCCACUGCUAUGUGCUACCAACCAUCUCUCUGAAACAGGCAUCUUCAGUGGCGGUGCUUCUCUUUUUUUUUUCCUUUUUUUUCCAUUUUUGUGAUAAUUUCUAGUUUUGAUUCACAUUUAUUGACUAUUGUGAUAGUACCAUGCACUUACUCUAAACGCUGUUUCACCUAUUUCUGAAGUACAGCGCACGCAUCUCGACGGGGUUUUUAGCGCGUUUCGGGCGUAGCUAAUUUGGGUUGAUUAAUGUUUCGCAGAACCGCCUAGUCCUUAUAUCUCUUGGCGCCCUUGAAACUGCAGCCGUCUUAGUAAAAAAGCCCGCUUUGGCAUACUACAUGCAUUGCGGAUGAGUCUUGAUGGGCACCUAGAAAAAAAAAACAAUUUUUUUCGCUGCCAGAUAUUUGGCAAAAUAUUAGCAAAUAAUACACGCACAAAUACAAAUAUUAGCGAUUAAUAACACAAAUACAAAUAUUAGCGAAUAUAGGCUUGCAUCACAAAGGAGCGCAAGUACUGUUUGUAACAGGCACCGGGGCCGAUCGUGAUAACGGAGGCGCCGGCCGCUGACACACAGAGGGACAAGCUUCGUGAAUCUGGCCCCUGCAGAUCCCCAUGAAUUUGUGGGCCAGAUGACCCCCCCCCCCCCCUCUGAAUACAAAAAUUAUAGAUAAAAAACAUGUACGCGUAUAGCAUACCUGAUUGAAUCACGCAGGCGAGGUGACUAUUUGUCACCGCCCCGUUUCAAAGGGGAGGCCAUUAAAUCAUCAUCAUCAUAUGGUGUCAAUUUUUCGUCUGUUAAAAAAAAAGGACUAGGUAAGACAUUAAGCAAAAUAAGAAAAAGAGCUUGGUGGCGCAACCCACAGCUCCGUUUCAAAGAGGACGCUCAUAGCAUCCAUCCAUCCAUACGACGAGGAAACGCCGGAGAGGGCGAGGGCCUGGUCCGGUCAUAGUGUCCCUGUAUAUGCUAGCAUAUACACUAAGGCUAUUUUUAAUCAUGAAAUGCUUUUAGCUCCCGUUGUCGGCGACCUUCAAGUGACCUUGAGCCAAAAGCCAGAGCCGUUAUCCGGGCACUCAAAACGAGAACAUGCCGACAAGUUGCGAGAACAAAACGAGAUCAUCCGGGCAACCAGUCAAAACUUAAAUGCGGUCUCUGGCCCCCAACCAUUUGUACAGGAUCGCAUUGCAUACGCUAGUUACUCUCCAAACAAGUUACAAAAAAUAUUGCUUCUGCGUUCUUCCUAAUUUUCCUUCACAAUAUCACUCAAUCUGUAACUUCUAUUACGCUGAAGUUUUGUCAUUUCCAAUAGCGACGUUCCAAAGGCAGAUACAGGGGACCUGGUGUAGCGUCUCAGCCAGAGGCUAGGGUUGUCAUACUGUCGCGUAGGAAACGCCGAAGUACUAACGCAGGCGGAACGAAGGACACGUUAAUUUAUUGUUAAUUUAUUGUUAAUUAGGCUGUAUAAGUGUUAAUGUUUCUGCAUUGUGUUUUAUUUUGAGUGAGUUUGGAGUUGAGUAUAAUUAAAAUAUGUUUGCUGUGCUACCCUGCGUCUCCCAACUCCACCUGCCGUAACAUCCGCACGCCCCCGAGAUCAGUGACACAUGACAAUUGGCGAUCCUGCCAGGAUUUCAUUCCGGCCGUGUCACUGAUUUUGGUGGUCUAGAGAUGAAGUGGGAACGUUUGGCGGCGAUAGUUUAAAGAUUUAAACCUAUCGAAGGACGACGCGAUGACGUUCUUUGAGUAUGCUCAACAAGAGAAAAAAAAGCAGCGCGAACGAGCGCGCGAACUGCACAAAAGAGAAAAAAAAUUUGGAGUUGAGGAUUAAGCUAGCGGGAUUGAAUGCAGAUUCCCGUGAUGCUUCUAGCACACCAAGGUCGGCGUCAUCCAACCAACCUUUUCCCAUACCGAGACAAAUUUGCCCCAGAAAACUAAUUGCACCUUUCGAUGAGCGAAGGGAUGACCUAGAUGCGUAUUUGCAUCGGUUUGAGAGGAUCACAGUCAGGCAAGGGUGGGAGAGGAGCGAGUGGGCUAACGCUAUAAGCCUGUGUGUAUUGGGCGAGUUUCUGAGUGUCUUUGGGCGCAUGCCAGCAGAGGAAUCAUUAGACUAUAACAAGGUGAAGAAAACUUUAUUACAGAGAUUCAGAUUGACCGCAGAAGGGUUCCGGGAGCAGUUUAGGUCAUGUAAGCCUGUAGGUUCAAAAACAGGCAAGCAGGCAACAGGCAAAUUAUUUUGAGAGGUGCAUAGAGCUGUCCGAGACGGACAAAACGUAUGAAGGGGUUCGCGACAAAGUCGUGGGUGAGCAAUUUCUUGCCAGCUGUAGCAACAGUUUGGGAACAUUCCUUAAAAGAGAAAACUACAAGCUGUGGAGCAGAUGGCAGAACAAACAGACCAGUUCGGAGAGGCACAAGGAUUGAGAAAUUUGGGAAAGGGUGACAAAGAUGCGCACACAGCAGCAGUAGGAUAGAUGAGGAACCAGGGGCAAAUUAGUAGACAAAGGGGACCGCAGAGAUGUUUUCUAUGUAAUCGGUUAGGUCAUUUAGCGGUAAACUGUCGAGUCAGGAAGCACCGGUGGUUUGCCCGUUGUGCCAAAAGAAAGGUCACAGGGCAGACGAAUGCAAGACUAGGUCCGUGGUUAAGAUGGGAUAUGUAUAAUGAGGUUAAGAGAGCAUGGACAGAGAGAGCAGGACAUGCCCUUAGUGGAAUGCGAGGUACAAGGGCGCAAAGCUAGUCUUGAGAGACACGGGAGCCAAUACCGUUUUAGUAAAAAGGAGUCUAGUGCCACUAGAAAACAUGACCGGGUACUUUAAACCAGUAAUCUUGAUAGAUAAGUCUGUUAAAUAUCUGCCAGAGGCACGGAUUCAAAUAUCGACACUGUUUUUUACAGGGCUGGUCACAGCUAGAUGUGUGGAGGACCCCCUUUAUGAUUUGAUUGUGGGAAAUGCAUCUGGGGUGAGGAAGUCAGACGACCCAGACCUAAGUUGGAAGUAGAUAGGGAAGGAUGUGGAAGAAAAGGGACAUUCAGAAGCGCAAAAAGAGGGGGUGCAAGAGACAGACGUAGCAGCUGCGGUACAAACACGAGCAGGUAGGAGUACCAAACCUUUGACAGCCUUGAAGUUACAGCCAAUAAUGGAUUAAAUAUAACCGCAGCAGAAUUUAAAUAAUUACAGAACAAAGAUGAGUCAAUAAGAAAGUGUGAACAGAAGAUAGGGGAACUGGUGCGAAGGAAAAGGAGUUGGACAACAGUGGAGUUUAUAAAGAAGAAUAACCUAUUGUACCGGAGGUGUGUGUUUAGUUCAGGUAUGGAAGUACAACAGUUGAUGGUCCCGAAGGAGCUGAGGGCUACAGUACUGAAGAUAGGGCACGAUAGUGUGUUGAAGGGUCACCGAGGAAUAAAGACGAACCGCUCCUUUAAGCAGAGUGUGUGUAUUUAUUGAAUAUGUUCACUCUUGUGCGUGCUUAUGUUCUUUGUUUGGAUGCAAUGGUUUCACUUUUUUCUUCUUAUUUUCUUCUUUUUCUACUAUAUUCCAUGUUGUAACCACUCCUGCAUGGGCUCGAGGAGGGCUUGCAGUAUUGUAAAAUAAAUACAUAAAUAAAAGAACACGUUAGAAAGGAUCACAGAAGAUUUCUUUUGGAUUGGGGUGCAGAGUGAUGUGAAACGGUAUGUGAAACCAUGUGAUGUAUGCCAAAAGACGGUGGCUAAGGGGCAUGUAGGAAAGGCGCCUCUAGGAAAGAUGCCCAUUGUCGAGCUGCCAUUUCACAGAGUGGCUAUUGAUAUUAUAGGGCCUAUUAGUCCCGUGUCCGGAAAAGGAGAUAGGUAUGUGCUCACGCUGGUGGACGUAGCUACUAGUUACCCUGGUGAUGUAGCGCUGAAAACGGUGAAUACCA